AGACGCAGCUCGGACUUGGCGCAGGCCAGAGACCUCCACGCGCUCGCCCCCGAUGACAGCAGCGCGUGUUCGGCCAUCGGCCACCGGUCACCCCGCGGUCCGGCGUCGAUACGUUACAACAACAGCCUCCCGCAGCGCUCCGGCCUCAUAUAAACUCGCGUUGUGAGUCGGUGUAAGUGGAGAAACGGGAACGUGUACGUUACUACGGCGUGAAUACCUUUCGCGGAAAUGAUUUAGCCGUUAGGCGGCGGCGAUAAAAUGAUGGACGACAAAAACCUAACCCUGUCGCGAAGCCGGGGUGUGUAUUAGAAGAAAAGCUUUCAGGUUUAGGUGCUUGUUAUAAUAUAAUAGGUAAUCUUAAAUAUUAUCUAAAACAAAUAUUUGAAUUUUAUGGUCCUAACUUUAUGUUAAUCAUUGUCAGGAAUAGUUUAAAUGACAAUCUGAUGCAACAUUACACAGCUUCCGGUAACCCCUCCCUCGUGAUGUCAACACAACUUUCGAUUGGCUGUCUCACAUAAGGUGGGCGUUAACUUUAACCAAACUCGUUCACGAUUGGUCAACGCAUCCGUGCCCGCGGCGUCCUAUUGGCUAAUAUCUUUGGACCUCUUUUUACGAGGUGUACACAGGAAAUCGUCCCCCUCGCUUCUCUCUUCUGAAAAAAAAGUCGUGCGAGGAGAGCGGCGUGUCAGAGAGGGCUCCGGGAUUUAUCCGGCGAAUAUACGGUGCAAAAAAUAAUAAUAAAAAUGGCAGACACAUUGACGCUCUUCACGUCCAUUGGGCUCAGCGAGCAGAAAGCGAAGGAGACGCUGAAAAAUGAAGCGCUGAGUUCCGCCCUGAAGGACGCGAUCAUUCAGGCUCGGCGUACCUGCGGGGCAUCAGGAGUGGACAAAGCCAUCGGUACGUUGCUGUACAGCAUGGCGUCUCGCCUUAAGGACCCCAAGCGCCUGGCGUUCCUUUCGGACGGCAUAGUUCAGUGCAAAAUCUGCACAGAGCUGCAGCUGGCAGCUGCACUAGAAUUUGUGAAGAGUCACCCUCAGGACCCCAUCAACCAGGGAGAGUUCGACGAGGCGUGUGGAGUGGGAGUGGCCAUAACGCCGGAGCAGAUCGAAGAAGCCGUGGAGUCGUUGAUCAAGAAGCACAAGGAACAGCUGCUGAAGGAGAGGUACCACUUCAACAUGGGACUGCUGAUGGGAGAAGCUCGCUCUGCUCUGAAAUGGGCUGACGGGAAGGUCGUCAAAAACGAGGUGGACUUGCAGGUCCUGCACCUCCUGGGUCCCAAGACGGAGGCCGACCUGGAGAAGAAAGUCAAGCCCCAGAAAGCCAAAGUCGCUGCCAGUGAGGGAAAGCUGAAGAAAGAGGAGGUGGCGGUGACUGAUGAGGGGAUGACCGGGGAGGGAAGGUCUCUGAUGGAGCAGCUCAGAGGAGAAGCACUGAAGUUCCAUAAACCAGGAGAGAACUAUAAAACUGAGGGCUACGUGGUCACACCAAACACUAUGGACUUGCUUAAAAAGCACAUGGAGCUCACCGGUGGACAGAUCCGUUCUCGUUUUCCUCCCGAGCCCAACGGGAUCCUUCACAUUGGACACGCCAAAGCCAUCAACUUCAACUUUGGUUUUGCAAAGGCGAACAACGGAAUUUGUUUCUUGCGGUACGACGACACGAAUCCAGAGAAGGAGGAGGAGAAAUACUUCACGGCCAUCCGGGACAUGGUGGAGUGGCUCGGCUACGAACCGUUCGCCGUCACGCACGCGUCCGACAACUUUCAGCAGCUCUACGACCUCGCCGUGGACCUCGUCCGCAGGGGCCACGCGUUCGUGUGCCACCAGAAAGGGGAGGAGCUGAAGGGCCACAACGCCCCUCCGUCGCCGUGGAGGGACCGGCCCGCCGAGGAGUCGCUGGUGCUGUUCGACCGGAUGAAGAAGGGGCUGUUCGCCGAGGGCGAGGCCACGCUCAGGAUGAAGAUGGUCAUGGAGGACGGGAAGCUGGACCCCGUGGCGUACCGGAUCAAAUACACGCCGCAUCAUCGCACGGGGGACGAAUGGUGCAUCUACCCCACUUACGACUACACCCACUGCCUGUGUGACUCCAUUGAAAACAUCACGCACUCACUCUGCACCAAAGAGUUUCAGGCCAGGCGCUCGUCGUAUUUCUGGCUGUGCAACGCUCUGGACGUGUACUGUCCGGUCCAGUGGGAGUACGGUCGCUUGAACCUCACCUACACGGUGGUGUCAAAGAGGAAGAUCAUCAAGCUGGUGGAGACCGGCGUCGUCAGAGACUGGGACGACCCGCGACUCUUCACCCUGACGGCGCUGAGGAGGAGAGGCUUCCCGCCAGAGGCCAUCAACAACUUCUGUGCGAGGGUCGGAGUCACGGUUUCCCAGACGACGACGGAGCCCCACCUCCUGGAGGCGUGCGUGAGGGACGUGCUGAACGACACGGCGCCCAGAGCCAUGGCCGUGCUGCAACCGCUCCGAGUCACCAUCGCCAACCUGCCCGAGGGCUCGAAGUCAGAUGUGCGAGUGCCGGACUUUCCUGCCAACGAGGCCAAAGGCAGCCACGCCGUCCCGUUCAGCAGCACCAUCUUCAUCGAGCAGAGCGACUUCAGAGAGGUGAUGGAGAAGGGCUACAAGCGGCUGACCCCAGACCAGCCUGUAGGUCUGAGGCACGCCGGGUAUGUCAUCUCUUUCCAGAAGGUCAUCAAGGACGCUCAGGGUAAAGUGGUGGAGCUGGAGGUGACCUGUUGCAGCUCUGAGACCGCGGAGAAACCAAAGGCCUUCAUCCACUGGGUCAGCCAGCCGUUGACGUGUGAAGUGCGCCUUUAUGAAAGACUGUUCCUGCACAAACAUCCGGAGGAUCAGUCUGUUGUGCCCAACGGCUUCCUGAGUGACAUAAAUCCCGACUCCCUGCAUGUGAUCAGCGGCGCCUUAGUGGACACCUCCGUGAAGAGGGCGAAGGCUUUAGACAGAUUCCAGUUUGAGAGAGUCGGCUACUUCUCCCUGGACCCCGACAGCACCGCGGAUAAGCUCAUCUUCAACAGAACGGUCACCCUCAAAGAAGACCCCGGGAAGAUCUGAUCCACCGCCUGCUUCCCACGAGCCCAGAUACAUGCCCAAAUAAGUUCGCUCACGCCAAAUAAAGUCGGGUGCUGUAAUAGUUACGUGCCUGUAUUUUCUAAAAAAAAAAAAAUGCUGUUCCCUUUUUAUGGAUCUGUCUCCCUAUAUCUGCCGCAGAAGGAUUCACAUGCACCGUUUACCUCUUUGUUGAAUGUAUCCAACUUUGAUCAUUAAGGACUUUGUGUGUGUGUGUGUGUGUGUAUUAAUACAAUAUUGCACAGAGGAGAUGCUUUCAAAUACCAUGCAUUACAUUUUUUUUUUUUUACAAAGGUGGUAGAUCAAACCAUCAUGUGCAUUUCUUUUUUCUUUUUUUUUAAAAGACUCAAGAGCGGUGCAUCCUUUGUGCUUUUGACAGGAGACGAGAAUAAAAAAAUAAAAACAUG